AUGCAGUAGCCAAAAUAAUAAUAGUUAUCAGUAUAGGCACAAAAAGAAAGAGGUAGGAUUGUAAUACAUCUUAGAUCGCUUAAAGGCUCAACGUGAAGGAUAAUUAAAUAAAAAAGAAUAGGCCUUGAAUAAAUUAAGUGAUGAAGAAGUAGUUGUCCAACUUAAGGCUAAAGGGUUGGGUGUGUACGGAACUAAGCAAGAGAAAUUGGAUAGGUUGAAGAAGGCAAAUGGUAUUGAUAUCAGAAUAAUAUGAAAGGGAUUGAAGUAAGCAAAUGCGAAUCGGCACCAUAACAACAGUAAGCACCUAUACAAUAACCGCCGUAACCUCCAAAGGGCUCUGUGGUCGAUAACAUAAAAAAGAUGGAACAAUAAAGGGAGGAACGUAGAAAAAAUAUGCAAGAAAUGAAGAGGGAAAAGGCCGAAAGAGAAGAGUAUAAUUAAAUAUUAGGGAAAAAUGUGGAUGUAGAAUUCGAAUUGAUGAUUGAUAAGAGCAGACUUAAAGGAGGAUUGAUCUAAGAGCAUUAAACAACAUAAAAUAUAAAAUUAUGUGUCUGUGUGAGAAAGAGACCAAUUUUCAAGAAGGAAGAGGUGGCUGGAGAAAUAGAUGCAAUCAGUUGUGCCAAUCCAAUGAUUCGAGUACAUGAAUCAAAAUUAAAAGUAGAUGGUAUUACUAAAUAUGUUGAAAAUCAUGAUUUUUAAUUUGACAAUACUUUCAGCGAAGUAGAAUAAGGAAAAGAUAUAUACGAUGUAAGUUUGGCACCUUUAAUGGAACUGUUGGUCAAUUAGGGUGUCGUUACAUGUUUUGCAUAUGGAUAAACUGGUUCUGGUAAGACAUAUACAAUGAAGAGUAUUCAAGAGCUAUUAGCAAUAGAUCUAUACAAGUUGAUCAAUGCUUCUCCAUCCUUCAAAAUUGUUGUAUCAUUCUUCGAAAUCUAUGGAGGAAAAUGCUAUGACCUGUUGAAUAAUAAGGCACCAUUGCAAAUUUUAGAAGAUAAAAAUAAUAAUAUUCAAGUUCAAGGACUUAUUGAAAGACCCUGUGAAUCUGAAAACGAGUUAUUCUAACUCAUGGAACUUGCAAAUUCUGUAAGAACCACUCAUGCAACUGUUGCAAAUGAUACAUCAUCGAGAUCUCACUCUAUUUGUUAGAUUAUGAUAAGAUAAGGCUAUGCUGAUAUGGGAAAACUUAUCUUGGUAGAUUUAGCAGGAUCAGAGAGGGCUUAGGAUACUCAAUCAAACAAUCGGUAGAGAAGAUUGGAAGGAGCUGAGAUCAAUAAGAGUCUUUUAGCACUAAAGGAGUGUAUAAGAGCAAUGGAUUCAGGUUAAGGUCAUGUACCUUUCAGAGCUUCAAAAUUAACGUUAGUAUUGAGAGACUCAUUCACAGCAAAAUCAAAUAAGUCUAGAAUUAUUAUGAUUGCAUGUAUCAGUCCUGGCAGUUCUUCUGCAGAUCAUUCAUUAAAUACACUUAGAUAUGCUGAUAGAUUGAAAGAUAAAUCAAAUUAAGCAAAAGUAUAGUUAGAGGAAAGGGAAGUUUCAAAUGAGGAAUUAUUAUAUCGACAAUAAUAACAAAAUGGAUAUGAUAAUAAAUCUUAAGAAAAUAAUAAUAAUUAUAACAAUAAUAAUAACAAUAACAAUAAUAAUAAGUUAUCACAAUAAGAUAAAUAAAAUACUCCUUUAUAAUUACCUAAAAUUAAUGAUGCUCGAAAUUAAAAUAAUUAAAAUGCUGUUAAUUUAAAGAAAAACUAAUCUUAGGGACCUGAUAAGGAAAAGCCAAAGUCUCAACCUGUACCACCAAAAUAAUCUAAAAGAAUAAAUUCAGUGCAAGAAGAUUCAGAUGAUGAAGUAGCUGCUGAAGAAUUAGUUAACAAAAAAAAUGGGUAGGUGAAAGAGGAUGUCAGAUGAA